AUGUUAUUGAGGAGCUCCAGAGUCCAGACUGAGUGCGAAAAGUUCCGUGCCGAACCGAAUCUCUGCUUGAAAAGUCGUAUCCAAUUUGCCGGACGCCGCGUCUCCUAUCCAUUCCGAAAGAGCACGCUGCAGAAGAUCGAAGAGGAUGCCAGCCAUACCCGUGACAGUGUAUCAUUUGCACUCGACAUACUGCAGCUCAAAAGCAACAAUCGGAUCGAGGACGGGGUUUCGGCAGUCCGAUCCCUUCUCGAGCGAACACACUCAAGUCAAACAUCUUUCGCUAUUCGUGCAUGGCUCCAGGAGCCUGAUGCAUCUGUCAACCACAACGCCGUGUAUCCAAAACACCACCCAAACACCGGACUUUGGUUGACCGACAGUCCUCAGUUUGCGAACUGGCUAGUAGAGUCAAGCUCGUUCCUCUGGCUGAAUGGGUUCGCGGGGUGCGGGAAAUCCGUUCUCUGUGCAGCUGCAAUUCAGAGUACAUUUCGCGGAGACGCUGCAUAA